GGCGGGCGGCGGGCAGCGGGCGGCGGCGGACCGAGAGCCGGAGACCGGCGCCGCGGGACGGAAGCGAGCGGGCGCGGGCGCCGCGCAGAUGGCCGGGGCGAGCGAGAUCUGAGGCUCUGCUCCCCGAAACGUGACCAUGUGGAUUCAACAGCUUUUAGGACUCAGUUCCAUGUUCAUCCGCUGGCCCGGCUGCUCCCUAGGAAGCCAUGCUUGGAUCCUUAUAGCCAUGUUUCAGCUCGCCCUGGAUCUGCCCACAUGUGAGUCCCUGGGCCCGGGCCCCGAGUUCCGGCUACUGCCUCGGCCACCCCACCGGCCACCUCGCUUGUGGAGUUUUAAGAGUGGACAGCCCGCUCGGAUCCCUGCUCCUGUGUGGAGCCCCCGGCCGCCCCGUGUGGAGCGCGGACACAGUCACGGACAGAUGCCGAGUCCCCGGGCCCGACGGGCGCACAGACCCAGGGAUCAGGAGGCCACUCUUGGGCCCAAAGGGGGCCUGGCCAAGCCCCCAGCUGCUGCCAAAUCCAGCCCUUCCCUGGGCUCCUCCCCCACCUCCUCCUCCUCUGCAGGGGCCAGCGGGGCCCCCACGGACCAGCAGGCCCUCCUGCGGCGGGGGAAGAGGCACCUACAGGGGCCUGCUUUCCACAGCUUUGACUUCCGGGGCAGCAGGCCCACCACGGAGACGGAGUUCAUUGCCUGGGGGCCAACGGGGGAGGAGGAGGCCCUGGAAUCCAACACAUUCCCGGGCUUUUACGGCCCCACCACGGUCUCCAUCUUCCAAACGCGGAAGACAACUGUGGCCACCGCCACCACCACCGCCACAGCCACCGCAGCCGCUUCCGUGCCGCUGCAGACUCACGGGCUCACCGAGCCCCUGGACCCCAGGAGUAGGAUCCCAGUUGGGGUAAGCACAACGGAGCCUUCCACCAGUCCCAGCAGAGACAGUGGCCAAGACAGCCAGCCCCCGCGGGUUCUGGGGGAGACCUCAGGUUUGGCCGUCCAUCAGAUCAUCACCAUCACCGUCUCCCUCAUCAUGGUCAUAGCUGCUCUGAUUACAACUCUUGUCUUAAAAAACUGCUGCUCGCAGAGUGGGAACCCACGAAGGAACAGCCACCAGCGGAAGACGAACCAUCAGGAGGAGAGUUGCCAGAACCUGACAGACUUCACGCCUGCCCGGGUGCCCAGCAGUCUGGACAUCUUCACGGCCUACAACGAGACCCUCCAGUGUUCCCACGAGUGUGUCCGGGCAUCCGUGCCCGUCUACACUGACGAGACGCUGCACCCGGCCGGGGAGUACAAGUCCACAUUUAAUGGGAACCGGCCCUCUUCUUCUGAUCGGCAUCUUAUUCCUGUGGCCUUUGUGUCUGAGAAAUGGUUUGAAAUCUCCUGCUGACUGGCCGAAGUCUUUUUUACCUCCUGGGGGCAGGGCAGACGCCAUGUGUCUGUUUUAUGGAUUCCGUUGGUGAACCUGUAAAAAAAAAAAAAAAUUAAAAAUUACAAAAAACACACAAAACCUAAAACUAAACUAUCGAAGGGGAGGGUCCCCACCCCUACCACUUCUGUUUGCCGGUGGGGAACUCUCAGAGCAGGACGCUAUAGGCCAAAUAUAUUUUUAUAAAAAUGCUGACGCCUAUGGGGGACUGCCUUCUCCCAGAGCUCCUUUGGGAAACAGAAAGAAGACCCAACAGAAGGAACCGGAGACAGAAAAAGGGCAGGAGGACGCACCAGAAGCUGGAGUUUGUACUUCGAUUCUGAACCUGUGCCAAUAAUACCAUUAUGUGCCAUGUACUGACCUGAGAGACUUGGUGACAAAGCCGAAGCCAAGCGAACCAUGUGGAGUAAACUUACAGAAAACAGGAGUGGGUAUCUCUUCUGUAGAGUCGCUAUUUCUGGUUAAUAUA